AUGGCUCUCUCCCUGUGCGCGAAGUCGAGCCUCGUCUCGGCCGCUGGCCUGCAGCAGCGCGGCGCUGCCCUGGAGAGAAGGCAGACCGGCGCCUCGCUCUCAGCGUCGCUCGCCCACUCAGCCGCUGCUCCUUCGUUUAAGGCUUUCGAUGGCAUGCGCGCUAACUCAACCUUCUCCUCCGCCUCUUCAUUCCUGUCCGGCGCUAAAGUUGCUGCGCCUGUGGCCGCGGAGGCUCCGGCUGCUGCCGCUGCUGAGAAGGGUUUCACCCUGACCAUUGUGGCGGGCAGGAACAGCAAGAAGAUUCAAGGAAGGAAGCUCCGCGUCGCCGUUAUCGGAGGCGGCCCGGCCGGCGGUUGCGCGGCGGAGACUCUGGCGGAGAACGGCAUCGAGACUUUCCUCAUUGAGCGCAAGCUCGACAACGCCAAGCCGUGCGGUGGAGCCAUCCCCCUCUGCAUGGUCGACGAAUUUCAGCUGCCACAGGAGAUCAUCGACAGGCGCGUGACCAAGAUGAAGAUGAUUUCCCCUUCCAACGUCGAGGUCGACGUAGGGCGCACGCUCGGCAAGGAGGAGUACAUCGGCAUGGUGCGCCGCGAGGUGCUCGACGCCUUCCUGCGCAACCGCGCCCAGUCUUACGGCGCGACGGUCAUCAACGGGCUGUACCUGAGGAUGGACGUGCCCAAGGACGACGACAGCCCCUACGUCAUCCACUACUCCGACUACGCCGGCGACUCCAAGGUCGGCGUGCCCAAGACUCUCGAGGUCGACGCCGUGAUCGGCGCUGACGGCGCCAACAGCAGGGUGGCCAAGGACAUCGACGCGGGUGACUACGACUACGCCAUUGCCUUCCAGGAGCGCAUCCGCCUGCCAGAGGACAAGAUGGCGUACUACGAGGAUCUUGCGGAGAUGUACGUGGGUGAUGACGUGUCGCCCGACUUCUACGGCUGGGUGUUCCCCAAGUGCGACCACGUGGCGGUCGGCACCGGCACGGUCAUCAACAAGCCCGCCAUCAAGCAAUACCAGACCGCCACCAGGAACCGCGCCAAGGACAAAAUCGAGGGCGGCAAGAUCAUCCGUGUGGAGGCUCACCCCAUCCCCGAGCACCCCCGCCCCCGCCGGACCUCCAACCGCGUGGCUCUCGUUGGCGACGCUGCUGGCUACGUCACCAAGUGCUCAGGCGAGGGCAUCUACUUUGCGGCAAAGUCGGGGCGCAUGGCAGCAGAGGCGAUCGCUGAGGGGUCUGAGAAGGGCACGCGCAUGAUCGACGAGUCUGACCUGCGUGUGUACCUGGACAAGUGGGACAAGAAGUACUGGGCCACCUACAAGGUGCUGGACAUUCUCCAGAAGGUGUUUUACCGCUCCAACCCCGCGCGCGAGGCGUUCGUGGAGAUGUGCGCGGACGACUACGUGCAGAAGAUGACGUUCGACAGCUACCUGUACAAGACGGUCGUGCCGGGCAACCCCCUCGAUGACCUCAAGCUGGCCGUCAACACCAUCGGCAGCCUGAUUCGCGCCAAUGCUCUCCGCAAGGUUGCCCUCGAGAAGGCCUAA